GAUCAAAAAACUUGGAAAAGCUUAUCAAUAUUCAUCGCAGUCGCGGAUGUAAUUAAAAGUGCUCAUCCGCAACUUGAUUAAUAUAUCGCGCAUUUAAUUUUCUUUUAGGUAGAUUGUUAUUAUGUCGGAAGGAAAGCGGGCUCCUGGUCUGUUUUAUAGAUUAAUAACGGCGUGUUUGUAUGGCAUUUGUUCAUUUUUUAUUGUGGUUAUCAACAAGACUGUUUUGACAACCUACAAGUAAGUAGAUUACAACAGUUGAGGCUUAAUGCGACCCUUGACACCCGUACUGAUAAUCUGUGUUGAUAUCUUUAUUUUCUAUAGAUUUCCUUCUUUUCAAUGUUUGGGACUCGGUCAGGUAAGUAAAGAUUUCACAAGUUGAAUUGUGUAUGCGCUGGUUAUACGUUUACCUAAAUUUAUUACUUCUCAUUCAUUCCGGGUCCUGAAAAUUAAUUUAAUGUCUCCAAUUUAUAUGUAUCCUAAAUUAACCGACAUUCACUCUAAAUUCGAAAUUUCUUAUCUUAAGAAAACAAUUUAAAACAAGUCAUAGAAUAAGAUUUUGUUCUUGUAAAUUCAAACAGCCUGUUUAAAUUACAGAAAAAGGAGUUGUUAUCCUAUAAUUUGUUUUAAAUUUUUUUCGUGAAAUAAAAACAACUUUUUCUUAAAUCGAGAGAUUCGGAGCAAUCUCGAAUUUAGAGUAAUUGAUUGACUUCUAGGAGAAACAUUUACCUUUGGGCAUGCAGUUACUAAAACAAAGUCACCCUAUAGUUUGUGUGAAAUUGUGUGAGAUUGCUGCAUAAAUCAUAAAACUCAUCAACAAUAGAUUAGUGUUGGUAAGAUCCCUGGAAAGAGGGUGGGGCCACAAGUACAAGAGCCGAGCAUGUAGGGUAACUGUGACAACCCCGUGGGUAGCAACCACCAGGCACCAUCAUACUGAAAAAACAGUGAAACAGUGUUACUUACCUCAUACGUACCAAAGAGAGGGAGAGAGGGCAGGGAGUGAGGUUACAGGGCACAAUCAGAACAGUUAAAGAACCCCCAUGAGAGAAUGAGUUGACCUCUACAACCGAGCUGUAAGAACACCCCCCCCCCCACCCCCCGCAGACCACUUGACCCAUCUGCAUGCCUGCUAUCAGGGGGUGGGGGGUAGAGAGCCGCUGACCAGCAGUGUUUGUAUUGUUUUGCAUUUAACAUAGUUUAAAUAAUAACAUUUAACCACAAUGGUCUUUGUGGAAAUCUGGUGAGAAUACUGAAAAUUAGAUACAAGCAUGGGCAAAUGUUGGGGGCAACCUUGUUAUACCAUGUAGACAGAAAGGUUCUCUCUGCAACUCCUCCAAAUUAAAGACGGCAAUUUCAGUUUCCUCCAAAGCCCUUCAUGGAUGUAUAUCUGGUAGCUCCAUAACUGGUGAUUUAAAGCUUUUUUACCUGGGAGGGUAUUGUCUGAAAUAGAUGCCUUCUUGGCAGUUUUUUCAACUUUUGACAUGACCCAGGUAGUAAAAAUCUGCAAACACUGCUGAAAAGAGAGCUUUAAAAUGAUAAAAUUAACAAGUUUGAUAGUGAUCUGGUGAGUAAGAAAUAUGAAGACACCACUAUGCAAAGUUGUAAAAUCUUAUAGAGAUUUGUAAGGUGGUGGAAGCUAAAUAGCCCUCCAGCAUACAAAUUUGUCGCUUUGCAGAACAGUAACUUCACUCCUUUUAGACGUAUCUUUUUCAAACCUAGCAAACUUGUUUGUUAAUGUCCAGGCAGUCUUUUCAGCAUUGUCGAUUCAAUUUCGGCUAAUGAUCACCAUCAAAACUUGAAAAACCAUUGAAGGGUCAGCUAUUGUAAUGUAAUGUGGGGUCUGAUGAACAUUUGCUUCUGAUAGGUAUAGAUCUUGCCACCUUUUUUAAAGCUGAUCAAAUCAUCAAAAUUUGAAUCCGAAUAAAAAAUUCUCAGUGAUGCUCACUGUCAAGUUCAAGGCAUUUAUCUCUUUUCUUCACCGACAGAUGCUUGCCACAGUCAUUGUCCUGUACAUCCUUAAACUAGGUGGCAUUGUCAAUUUUCCAGGUUAUUCAUUGUCAAUUUUGUACAAGGUACGUGUCAAUUCUGAACUUACUCAACAGGGCGGGAGGAGGAAAAAUGAUGGAAAACCUUGUGUGACAAGCGUGACAAUAAGUUUGUUUGAAAAAACCUUCGGCCAAACUUCACUUUCCUUUAAAUUGAUCUUUUUGUAAAAGACCAGAAAACAUUCAUGUUAGUGAAGAUCAUGACAAGACACGUAAGUAAUAGCCUUGUCAUGUUUGUCACGCACAAGCAAUUUGCCGUCCUCUUCUUCCUGCCAUCCUGUUGCAUAAACUCACUGAUAAUACUAUUUAUAACAGUGCAUUCCAUUAGGAUAGCCUGGAUCAGGAUCAGUGAUUCAAUAUCACUCAUAUCAUAGCACGUCAAUGGAAAUGACGAAUGCACCCUGGGGAAGGGUGAACUCAUUGGUUCAUUAAAUGUACCACCCUCAUCCAAGUGAUCUUGGAUCACUGAUCCUGGUGCGGAUGAUCAUAAAGAAACACACCCUAAAUCAGUCCUUGUGGUUAACUCUUUAAGUCCCAAUAGUGACCAACAUCAAUUUUCUCCAAACAAUAUCCAUACAAUGUCAAGAGAUUAGGUUAUGAGAAUUAAUAAAAUGAUCACCAAAGAGAAAAUGCUUUGAUCUUUUAUCAAACUCUCUCAACUUAUUCUUUAAAGAAAUGUAUAGAGAUGAGUUUGGAGAAUUUGCUUGUGGAUAUUGAGGCUUAAAGGAUUAACCCUUUGACCUGUAAGAGUGACCAACAUCUAACUUCUCCUUGUGGUAGCAGCAGGGUUUGUACACAUCUUGAAAACCCUUGAAUUUUAGAGUCCUUGAAAUUCUCCUGUAUUCAUUUUGGUCUUUGAAAGUCCUUGAAUUUUAAUUGAGGAACAUCUUCAAACCUCCAAAAAACUUUGGCAAAUACCAGCUUGAAGCCAACAGAAUAAUAAUAAUAAUAAUAAUAAUAACAAAAAUUUGGAGUAUGUGUUAAAAGUAACAAGGUAGGUUAAAUUGAAAUUUAAAACUGUGGUCCUUGUAAGGCCUUCAAAUGUCUUUUUAUUUUAUAUGGAAGAAGUGUACAAACUGUGUAGCGGGGCACAUGAGAGGAGAGGUUCCAUAACACCGUGGGUGGAGUUGUUCAACACCCAGUUACCAAUAAUCUUGGGUUAACUGCAAGCAGAGUGUAUAAGUUGUUAUGGUAACCAAACCUUGAUUUGCACUGUCUUUUGAACAACUCACCCCAGGCUAGAGUAUAUAGCUGUGAUUGUUUCUCAACCUGUAUCCUGGAGACCCAUAUAAGUAGCAAUCUUUGCAGACUUAUAAUUGCACUUUCUGAAGGUCUCUUGUAGCCGCAUGAGGUUGUUUUGUCACCUCCAGAAGAUUUUUCUCACUUGCGGUGCACCAAUUUUGAAAACCCAAAGGGGUUCAUGAAAUAAAUUCUCUCUACAGCCAAAUGCCAUCAACAUUGCAAAUACAUUGUCAAAAAAAAUUUUCACCCUACUCUUGUCACCUUUGAGUGAUCAGUCAAGCAAUCAACAAAGCAUUGCCCUCUGACUUUGAUUUUGGUGGGAAAUUAAAUUAAAAAAUCCUUCAUGUGGGGCAGGUUGACCUCUUGUGACUGAGUCACCCCAGGGGGUGACUAUAACCAGCAGUUUGAGCUCUUUACUAAACUAAUAUACCCUGACAUUGGGCUAAUUUUGACUGUAGAUUGUAUUAUUGCAACAUUACUGAUAAGAAAAAAUAUUUACUGGAAAUGCAUUCUAUCUUUAGCCUGUUUGAACUUGAUAUUACUUUGUUUCAAAGGUAGCUAGUACUGAAGAAGAAUAAUUACAUUCAGCUAUUUUUUAUAUGUGCAAAUAUUAUUUCAGGUGUGGCCCCUUCCAUUGUUGUAUGUUGGAAAUCUUGUAUUUGGAUUAGGAAGCACAAAAAGGCUUAAGUAAGUUUUUAGUGAAAAUUUGAGGUAAUAGUAAACUAACAAGUUAGCAAUUAUUAUAGUUUGAACUUCAAAAAAAUAAAAUCAAAGAUGAUCCUUUAAUACAGACAGUGGUGUGUGCUGAAUUUUGUAUUUUAUGACAACUUUUGAGUUCCCAUGAGAUUAAGUACUCAUUGGCCACCAUAGAUAUACACAGGAGGUAAAUCCUAUUGGGCACAAUAGCAGUUAUAACAAUAACAUCUUACACAUGAAAUUUUUAGAAUUUUCCCUGUGUUUUCACAAUUCUUGUGAAAAUUGACAUUUAUUUUCUCAGGCCCCCACAAGAAAUAGUCUUUGGUGUUAUUACAGAUUAUUAUAUCUAUAGCCCUUGAAAAAUGUAAAAAAGAAUGUGAUUAUUUAGAUUAUUUAAUUCAAUUAUUUUUGUUUAGAUUAUUCUGGUACAAGGUUUUUGUCCUCUGAAAAUAAAAAUUACUCAAUUUCCUUUCGGAUUCCAUCUUAAAGGGUAGCUGCCCAGCAAGAAAAUCUACUUGUGCCAGACAACGGGGCACAUUUUUGUUUGAGCCCUAGCGCCCAGCUACUGCUGGUGCUGCUGUAGCUGCUGUUUUUAAUAUUGUUGUGAUAAAUAGCUUGUUACUCAAACUUUCUUUACUUCAGCCUUCCAAUGUUCACUGUUCUACGGCGUUUUUCAAUUCUUUUCACGAUGUUAGGAGAGACAUAUAUUUUAGGGUAAGUUAGUUAAAUGUUUCUCAAACUUAAGUAUUUUGUGGCUCAUCAAUUGAAAAGUAUCUUCAUUUUAUGUAUUCAGUGUAAUUUGCAUUGAAAUGCAGCCUGACAUUUUGUCUCCCUUUGUUUUUAGAUCAAAGGCUGAACCACGGGUACAGGCCACAGUGUUUCUUAUGAUACUGGGUGCUCUUGUGGCAGCAAGGUAAAUAACACAGCCUGAAAGACAGAGCCAGAGGGCUUUAGGGACUAUAGCACCCCCACUUUCCUAAGAAUGAAAUUUUCUUUUGUUUUGGGAAACAAACCUAACAAUCAUUUUAGGAGGGAAAGAAAGGAUUAUACUUAUUCCAGUCAUCCUAGCCAUCCCAGUCAUCCCAAUCAUCCUAUGUUAUCCUGAUCAUCCCAGUCAUCCCAGUCAUUCUAGUCACCUCAGUCAUCCCUGUCAUCGUACUCAUUCUACACAUCCCAGUCAUCCUAGUCAUCCUAGGCAUCCAGGAGUAAAUAUGAAGCGAGCCUUCUCUAUUUCCGGUGCUUUAAUUUGGAACAGUAUUCCACUUUCUAUGAAAACACUUUAAAAAAAUCAAUUCAAAAGCGAACUAAAGAGAAAACUCUUUGAAAUAAUGGAAAAAGAGGACGACUAUAUUAGAGUUUCUGAUAUUACAAGGCAAUUCUCAAAAUCGUGACAUGGUGUGCUUCUGUAUGAAGUACAGUCUGCCUUCCUGUCUCACUCUGGCUAUAAACCACAUGACAAACUAGAUUGCUUCUAGGAUUGUUCGUUUAACAUAUAUAUAUAUAUAAUAUAUAUUUAUACAAUUUUCCUUUUUCUCUUUUACCCGCCUCGAAUAGCCUUCGCUAAUUGCGGGCACAAGCUUUGUAAGCUGUAUUUAUGGCCCUGAGUGCAAUCACUGCUUGUGAUCCUUGGCAAAUUCUGACCUUUUUUUUGUGGUUUUAGUGAUGACCUUGCAUUUGAUGCAACAGGUUACACAUUCAUUCUGAUUAACGAUGUCCUUACAGCAGCAAAUGGUAGGAAGUAUUUUAUUAACCCUUUAAGCCCCAAUAUCCACAAACAAAUUCUCCAAACUGAUCUCUAUACAUUUCCUUUAAGAAUUAGUUAAGAGAAUUUGAUAAAAGAUCAAAGUAUUUUCUCUUGGGUGAUCAUUUUAUUAAUUCUCAUAACCUCAUCUCAUGAUAAUGUAUGGAUAUCGUUAGGAGAAAAUUGCUGUUGGACACUAUUGGGACUUAAAGGGUUAAUUCACCUUUUUUAUUUCUUAUAAAAAAAUGUAGUUGAUUUAUUCAAUUUAUGUCAAGCACUAUUGAAACUUCAUGCCCUAUUAUUUUAGUUAUAAGAAGGGCUGUCACUAGAUUUCCAGUUACCGGGUUAAUGUUAUUUUAUAGUGAUUAUAGUCAGGGGCGGAUCCAGGAUUUUUUUUAGGAGGGGGUGCACUCGUCUCUUGCGCUACUUCAACACCAAUAAACCACAUAGUUUUUCAUUUUUUGCAGAAUACCAGUUGUAUUAGAAAACCGCAGGUCAUCUCGAGUGGGGGGGUGCGCACCCCCUGCACCCUCCCCCUAGAUCCGCCCCUGAUAGUGAUCAGCAUCAAAUUCCUCUUUGUAAUAUCAAUACUUUGUUAAACAGAGUGGUCAUGAGAAUUAUGGACAUGAUCACACAAGAUGCAUUUGCUUGAUAUUUUAUCAACUUCUCCCCACUAUUUCUGUAGGAAAUGAAUAAGGGCAACAAAUGAGAAUUCAAAUUCUGAUCUUAGGGUUCAAAGGGUUAAAUAGCUAGGAAGUCCCUUUGGUUCUACUUUUCUCUCUUUUUCUAGUAUGAAAGUAUUCGAGGGUAAUGAUCUCACAGGACCCCCCCAUUCCUUUGUAACAGCCCUGCCGUAGUGUUAGUAUACCAAGCCAGGUCGCCUUUAAAGGGGUUUUAUAUCUUUAUUUUAAUGCUGGUCUUUUUGUUUAGGUGUUUAUGUAAAGAAAAAGUUAGAGUCAAAGGUGAGUUAUAAAAUUCGACUUAAAUAAAAUUAUUGUUAACAUUUUGGUUCAUAGGUCUUGAAUGACAAAUACAUGCACAGGAUGUUCAAAUGUAGCCUUGAUUAAUACUUAAGUCUGAGGAAAGAAUAGUGGGGACACUUUCACUGAAUGCUGUAUUCUACCUUCUUGUUCAUCUCUUCGCCCUCCCAAUGUUGUAUAUCUCAGUUAACUCACCAAAUCUUGUACACCAGCAUUACAAGGGCGAAAAGAUAAUUAAUUGUCCCAGCAAUUUUGGAGUGAGACUGUAGUCUUCUUUAAUUAUUUCUACAGGUGGUUUCGCGAGUGAAAUCCUUAACCCAUUCCUUUACUUGAGAGAGGCGAUCGUUCGCGUCUCGUUAUUUGAUUCGUUGUAGUAUCUCUGAGAAAAAAAAAAGAUGAUACUACUCGUAUUCCAGGAGGUAAUCCUAUACUAAAUCGGUGUUGUUAGAGACAGUUUGAAAGAGAGCUUGUCUGCAUUUUGUGAUAAUUAACUGUUAUUUCCUUUCGAUGAGGUAAAGAGGUUAAAAGCUCUCCUAACAAAUAUUUUUUCUUUAUUAGGAUCUGGGCAAAUAUGGUUUGUUGUUUUAUAAUGCCAUAUUUAUGUUCGUUCCUGCUGUCGUUAUUGCUUAUGCCACUGGAGAACUUGAUAAGGUGAGACGAUAUUUCGCGCACUCGCUUGGGUAGACAUAGCGCCUCUGAUUGGUCGUGCUGCGAGAGAAGUUUUUUCAACCAAUCAGAAGCAAUGCCCAGAUGUGGGUAGUGACGCGUCAUCAGAAUGGAAUUUCUACGCUUGUUGCUCAGACGUCAUUUUCGCGGGGAAACCAGUGGUGACGUCGCAAAAUGUCGACUGUUUUCUCAGGCUGCCUAAAACGUCGCGUCAGAACAUUUCACGUCUUAGUCAUGCUGCGACAGCAAUGAAAUAGACUAGUGAUAUGCGCGUGCAUAAUUGUUGUUUUGCUUAUUAAACCUGUUACUUUUUGAACGCUUUCGUUACCGUCAUAGUCGUUGUUGCAUAAGCUCCCUACUGACACGACAUUUCGUGCGCUCUUCUGCUUUGCCCCUCCACUCAAAACGCUGCAUCAGGACGGCCAUUUUUCAACGCUCUUGUCCGUCGCAUCCUUCGUUGCUAAAGCUCCUUAAUUCUGAACAAAAAAGUCUAUUUUCCUCUCGCAAAACUCAUCCCGUUCUCUUUCUUUGAGUAAAACAAGUGACUACCGUAUUUAUUCGAUUAACCGCCCUGGGCGCUUAUAAAUUUUUGGACCUUGAGAGUGGGCACUUAUUCGAGGUCGGCGCUUAUUCGGGGCUUGGCGCUUAUUAAAUUUUCACCAUUUUCAGCAAGAGAAGUAUGUUUAUUUUGCAACAAAACAAUAAAUGCUAAUAACAGAAGGAGAAGAAGUAACAAAGCAAGGUUUCUGUAAAAUACUCUGAAGAAAACUCCGUCCUUGGGGAAGUCUUUUAUUAGAAUUUAUUCACUCAAGUAGGUGGGGUGGGGGUGAGCGCUUAUUUGACUUUGAUUGGGAGGAGGAGGGGGUGGGCGCCUAUUCGAGGCUGGGCGCUUAUUAACUUUUUCUGCCUUUAAGAUUGGCGCUUAUUCGAGGUGGGCGCUAAUUCGAGGUUGGGCGCUUAUUCGAAUAAAUACGGUAAUCAUUACCUGUACCUCAUUGUAAUCUUAUGCUUUUUUUCUCUCCAGGCCGUUAUGUAUGCACAGUGGCUCGAACCAUUCUUUCUGUUGUAUUUUCUACUCUCCUGUUUUAUGGGGUAAGGAAACAUAAUGCCUUUGUAUCACGGCAGUGGGUGGGGCCACCAUAUCUGGGCUAGUUAGGUGUGUGGCACUGUUAACGAUGGGGUUUUCAAGGAGUUCCCCGGUAGGACCAACUAACCAACAAACAAAAACUAGUGAGAUCAUGCUGGUUGUGUUAUAAGAUGUUGUCUCAGUUCAGAUCAUCGCGUCAUAGGACGGUGACGUUAAGCCAUUGACCUUGUCUCAUAUUUCAUUAUCAAUUUAAAGGUCGAGGUGGGAGGGGGGAUACGCACAAAAGUUUUAUACCGGGGGGGGGGGCUCCGCCCCGAGGUCCAAGCCCUUGCCUUUUAUAUAACAUUUUUUCGAUCGAAAAGGUACCUCUUUCAUAAACCUUCCAUUGACAAAUGGUACCCCUUUCAUGUACUCAUGUUCAGGACUUUGUAUCCCUUUCAACUACUGUAAAUGCACUGUUUUUUAAAUAUGAAUAAAUCACAAGACAGGAAAUUUUUGUGGCUUUUUCACAGCCAUGUGAAAGCAUUUGUGAUCAGCUCUCGAAAGUGAUCCCCCUAUUGUGCGUUACUGCUUAUCUAAUCUUAUACUGCAUUCAGUUAUCAGCUCUAGUUAAUUAUACCAGUCAAAGCAUGGUACUAUAGUUUGAAUCAGUCUCGUAGGCGACAAAUUCUCAGAAAUGACCACAAGAUUUUAGCAUCCAUUUAAUCGCUUACGGGAGUUUUGUCUAUAGCUUUCACAGCGUGACAAAUUGUCAGUCCUUCAGAAAGCCGAGAUUGACGCGACGUUUACAAGAGAUUGGAAAACCCUUCUUUUCAUCCCACUCCUUGGGGGAAGGGCGUUUAAGCUGAUUUGACAUUUUAAUGAAGCAUCUUCAGUUAUUGCGUUAUUUCCACUUUUUGCUUGUAGGUUCAUUUUAAUGUACUCUAUAGUACUGUGUACUCAGGCAAACUCUGCGCUCACGACGACAAUCGUUGGAUGUUUAAAGGUAAACUAAACUAUAGUUGAAAAUCUCAUAACGAACAAUCUCAUCCUGGAAAAAGUAGCCUGUUCACGAAACCUCUAUUUUAUCUUAAAAGUCAGUCAGUUUGGUGAUUCUCUUUAGUAAGUGAUAUUGUUUCGACAGUUUAAGCAUUCAAAAACCGUGCGAUACAAAACCUAUUUUAGGUAAUCCUUGGAUAUUAGUGAAAACACUGCAAAAACUUUGUGGUCAACUGUCUUUCGUAAGGGUCAACUCAACUCAACGGACAUCAGGUUUUGGAACAUUUACUAGUGUAAUUUACAAGUGUAGCUAUUGUUUUCAGACUAUAAAACAGUGGAUACACUUGUAAAUUAGUAUAGGUAAUAGCAUGAUUUGUAGUGAUAUUAAGCAUAAAUACCACGAGUGUUAUUUCGAAAUUGUUGUACGUAAUUUAUACUACUACAUGAGAAAUUUCUGCAAUUUGAUUGGCUUAGAGCAGUGGUAUUCCAGCUUAAUUUGAAAUACCUACGUGUGAAAAUUACAAACCUUUUGUGGGUAGUAGUAUAAACAAAUAAUAGCAUGAUUUGUACGUAAUAUUUGGCAUAAAUACCACCUGUGAUAUUUCAAAAUUGUCUUAAAUUUCACUCGCCUAACGGCUCGUGAAAUUACGUAUAACAAAUUCGAAAUAUCACUCGUGGUAUUUAUGCCAAAUAUCACUACAAGUCAUGCUAUUACACGUGUAAAACUUUCAUUAAAUUGACCCGAGGUCGAUGUUAUUCUUUAGUUAUUUUCUGCUGGUCACGAUAAAACCGAGAACCGACACCUUUCUAAGACCUUCACUGGGUAAAGGUCUCGAUGUUGAGACCGUAUUCAAAGAUGACCUUUUUUUCCUUAGAAUAUUCUUGUUACUUACAUGGGUAUGUUUCUUGGUGGAGACUACGUUUUCACUGUCACCAAUUUUAUUGGACUCAAUAUAAGGUGAGAAUGACUGUGAUUUUAUCUUUUUGGGGGCUGAAACACUGGUCAUGUACCAUUAAGGCUAAGGGAGGAAUGCAUUGAAAUUAAUACUCACAUAUCAGGCACAGACAGUGUUUUCUACAAAACCUAACAGAUGUCCAAACACUGCGUGUAACUGGUCUCAAGCGCGGCAAAACACGUGGAAGCAUGCCACCAUUCGUUGCUGUUUCCCUCUUAUUGGUUGAGAAAAUGGCGAGAGUUGUUUUUUUUAGCCAAUCACAAAGCGAAUCUAUGCGGCUGGCGCAAACCGCGGGAAAACGCGUGCGAGCAAAACGGGAUUUGAAUGUUUUGGGGGCAAGAAUAAGCAAAUCCUGUGUUCUGAUUGGCUGCCCAUCUUGCCUGCACUGCUCGGGGUUUGCCGCGAUGGUCCAAUAAGAAACGGUUUUCGUUUUGGCUAUGUAAUAAAUCCUUUAUGGACCAAGCUUGAUCGGUCCAGAUUGCUUCAUACUGGCCUGUUUCUUUUGUGCGUCUUUAUCUGUUGACUUCGAUUUCGUCUCGGUUCAUAAAAAGGCAAAAGAGGAACUUGGCCAAUGUCCAUCCAUUUGACCUCACGAUUGGUCGAUCACACAAAUAAUUUGUGUGAUCUACUUCUGUUUGGUGUGCUAAAAGACGUUAAAAGGGUUUUUGGAUUUCGAACUUUUCUCUCUUCUCCUCGUUACACUGCGUACAAAUGCGUACGAAUUGUAUACUAAUAGAAGAGACGCUAACUCACAAGAGUUCUUCAAAAAGCUUUUCGCAUUUUGAUUUAUAACCCUCAUGGACAUUUAGUCAAUAAAGACUUUUAACGCUGCCUUGUACGUCUUUCUCUUCAGCGUUGUUGGAAGUGUGAUUUAUGCGUUUAUCACAUUUAGCAACAAAAGCCCUCCCCCGUCUCAAGUGGCCACACCCGGGAAUGAUGACAAGAAGCUUCUUUCCACUGUGUAAUAGUUAAAGCUUGUUGUUUAUAUUUUGCCAAAUCACUGUCAGAUAAUUUUAGACCGCGUCCACACCAAUCCGUGCAUUUUUGGAGCCGCAUAUUUUUUCUCCUGGAUUGGUGUGGACAGGGUUUUAAACCACGCUGGAAAUCGGUCUCAGAAAGAUGCAGUUUCAGUCAGCGGAUUCACUGGUUUCGUGGAGACGGAAGGUUGAUUCGUGUAUAAAAAAAAUAGGCGGUUUCAAAAAUACCCGGAUUCGUGUGUAAAGGACUCGAUUCCGUUCGAGGCUUAAAGCUGUGACAAUCUCAGCAAUGUAUGCCCAAAGGGACUUCUCGACAUAGCCACUCAAAUGUCACGACAAUUUCGAAUUUUUAAGGGGGGCCUGUCUCGAAUUUUGAGUUGAUAUUUUGCUGAGAUUACAAUAAUCAGGUCUAAAUAUUGAGAGAUUACAAAAAUCUAAAUAUUGAAGAGAAUAUUAGUUUGGUUGCAUACAACAAAAAACAAAGGGGUUACUAUAAACUAUAAAAGAUUAAGGGUUGUUUCGAAGAUUCACAUAGAUUAUAAGAAAGAAACGAAAUGAAGAAGAAGAGAUACGCGGCAACUAAGACGUUCAGCAGACACCCAGUCGGCUCUAGAAGGCGGAAUCCUAUCUAAGACGGAUACUUGGAGUUGGUUUCCACGGUGACCUUCUUAGAGAAAAUUAACUGUGUACAUUGUAACAGGUUAAAUUUGAUAUCUCUCAAAUUUAUGUAUACGUAAGUUUGCCGUGAUUGGCCGUUUUUAUGCUAAGACGUUAAAGUCAUCUAGACUCAUUUAGCGUUUUAGAUGUUGAAUCCGUCUGGUGAAAAAAGGGGAAACAAAAAAGUAGACGACAUGAUUG